AUGUGCACCACGGGGCACUCACCCACGCCCACGCCCACCACAUGCCCGACGCCCGCCCGCAGGAGACACCGGACAACCUUCACACAGCGGCUCCGGCAGCUGUGUGCCUCCCCUCCGAUGCAUCUUUCAUCGGCACAUUUCCCGUCGCCUGUCCGGCCGGAGGGAAGCUCCACGGGCGCCCCUGGAGAAGCGGAGCCCUGCUGCGCCUCCCUCGGGCUGCUUGCCUUUGGGUCUAAGCUCUCCGGGUCGCUGGCCGAGCAGCUGGCUGAGUUAGAGGCCGCGUUCUCCAAGAGUCACUACCCCGACAUCUACUGCAGGGAGGAGCUCGCCCGCAAGACCAAACUGAACGAGGCCCGAAUCCAGUGUCGAUUCCCGGCGUGCGCGAUCCGUAGACUCAUCCCCCGGGCUCCUGCUGUGAACUAUGAGGUCCCCGCUUUCUCCAUCGCUAAACAACGUCUAAGUUUUAAAUCUGAUUUCCUGGCGGGGAGUGUUAAAACUUCGGCGAGGAUGUCUUCCGCGCUUCCUUCGCCAGGGAGCUACUGCCUCGUCGACGGAGCACGGGAACCUCUUACCUUUAGGGAGAACUAA